AUGAGGAACAUUGUUGGCCCAGUCUUCCUCUGCAAAGUGCAGUUCCUGAAUGAUUUGGACCCAUUUAGUUAUGGCAUCAACUCUUUGGAACCUCUGGAAGCACCUGAAUUCAGCUUCAAUAUCCAUGUCCCAUUGAUGAACCAAAUACCUGCUCUAAUGAAAGUUUUAAGAGCACCUCACAAUGUCAGUGAUGUCACCCUUCAGGUUUACAAAGAUAUGGACUUUGGAAGCUAUUUGGACAUUGAGGCCACUCUCAAUGAGCAGCUAGAUGAGUUUGAUGGUUUUUUUGACAACCCAAGGAAUUCUCUUGUUGUCAGGUGCCAGCUAUCAGUUCGAGUGCACAUCAUUCUUGAGAAACUCAUGAAUUCUGAAGGUCGAGAGCUUCGACGAGCCCUGUUUUCCUUGAAACAGAUAUUCCAAGAUGAUAAAGACUUGGUACGUGGAUUUGUUGAGAAUGAUGGACUGGGAUGUUUGGUCAAGAUUGGUUUGGAGACAGAUCAGAAUUAUCAAAACUACAUCCUUCGUGCUCUGGGUCAAGUUAUGCUCUAUGUGGAUGGAAUGAAUGGGGUAAUGGAUCAUAAUGAGACCAUUCAAUGGUUAUACAUGUUGAUAUCCUCCAAGCAUCGUCUUGUUGUGAAAACAGCUUUGAAGCUCCUACUUGUCUUCAUUGAAUACACAGAAACUAACUGCCUUCGCUUGAUCAAGGCCAUACAUGCAGUAGAUAUGUUGCAGGAAUUGACACCAUGGUAUAACCUUAUGCUGCUUCUGUAUGACUUCGACUGCACUGACUGGGAAUUGCUCACAUUUGCGAUGAAACUAGUCAACAAUACCCUCCAAGAGAUCAUUGAUCGUGACACAUUUUUCAGCCAAGUGGAUUGCCUCAACCGGCUGGGAAUGGAGAAAACAGCCCAGCAUUACCUAUGUACAUCAGGCAUAGAGCUUGGACUCAUUCAAGAGGUGAGCAUGUACCAGACACGCAUCAGGCGCCGAAGCACAUAUGAGGAGCGCACAGAAGACUUGGGUGCCCUUGACCUCACCCCAAGAAGCACAUUUACAUGGAACAGUCCAGGUGCACAGGAGAAUAUGGAUAGUCUGUUGGGAGAUCCAGGAGUGGCGAAUGAUAGGCAUAUAUCGACCAAUUUUUCCAAGUCCAAGACAUCAGGGGCUUUAAACAAAUUUCUGCCUCAGACUAAUGGAAAUGAUGGAGUUCACAGAGCUUGUCAACCUUCACAGUCCUUUGUUUUCAGGCAAGAUCCUACAGACCACUUCAGUGUCAAGCUUACAGAAAUCACACCAGCCAUGAGGAAAAGGAGAGAGGAAGUAAACAAGUCCAAGGCUCAGACAAACGAAGAUUCAUCAUCUGUUUCAUCCACCAGUUCUGCAUCCAGUUCUGGAGAUUCAUCAGAUUCAGAGAACAGUAGCAUAGCAGAUGCAGGCUCCCCAUCCAAACAGGGCAGCCCAAAACAAAAAAGCUUUAAUCAGCUGGACAAGAGAGCAAGUUCUCGGAAUCUAUGUCCCUCCUCAGUUCCUCAUAGUGCUCAGCCCCCUUGGACAAAGUUGCCCAAAAUCCCUGGUCCAAGUAAAAGUGAAGUCAAUAUCUUUAAAGUCAUGGAUAAAAAGAACCGAGAAGGCCAAACAGAGCAACAAAGUAACUUGGUAUCAUGUAACAGCUUUGCUCCAUCUGAUCUGAAGAAGCAAGACAGCUGUGUCCUCAAGAAAUCUUGGCUUCUAGGAAUGAUGUAUUCCAAAGAGAGAGAUGGAGGAGUAGGUCUCAUUAAUGAAAAGGUGGCAGAAGAAUCUAGCAUUGAUGAAUCGGAAACUGAUGGAUCUGAAUUUAGAGAAUCUCAAGUAAAACGCCAAUCCGUUAAUGAAGAACUAAGUGGAGUUGUGUCUAGGGCCAAAGAGAGUCUCAAUGAUCAGGUCAAUAAAUCAAAGUCUCGGUUGGAGGUACCAUUACCAGGGCUCCCAAAGCAGAAGAGCAAUAAAGACUUGCGAAAGAGUGAGAACGAUAUCCAAUGGGAAAAACUCUUGGAAACAUUAGAUCGACCACUGAAGUUGUGUGACCUCGACUUCACAGACUUGAAAGGAGAUGAUGAUAUUAAUGUCUGUACACCAAACACAUUGAGGUUGAAUUUCUUCAGUCAGUACUCUGGCGAUGUACCCCCUCCACCUCCCCUAGGAGGAAUACCACCACCACCCCCAUUUUCUUAUAAUGAGCCACCACCUGCCCCUCCACAUUCCAAGUUCUGCAGGCCGAGUCAAGAGUCUAGUCAGCCCAGUCUAGUCAUCCGUAAGAAUAAGAAGACAGUGAAGUUGUUCUGGAGGGAAAUCAGGGAUGAUUCUGUGAUACAGAAACUUCUAAAGGAUCAGAAAAUGCUAUGGGAUGAAAUUCAGCCUGUGAAACUGGAUACAUCAAAAUUAGAAUAUCUCUUUGAGAACCGUGCCAAAGACAUCACUAAAGAGAAGCAGAUGGAUGCCAAAGCAAACAAAGAGAUCUCAAUACUUGACACUAAACGUUCAAAUGUGAUAAAUAUUGCCCUGACAAAGCUUCCACCACCAAGAGCAAUAAAGGCAGCUAUUCUGAAGAUGGAUGCAACCAUCAUCAACAAAGAAGGAAUCGAGAAGAUUCUCACCCUUUUGCCAACCACAGAGGAGAAGCAAAAGAUUGCUGAGGCUCAACUCAACAAUCCUGAUGUGCCUUUUGGAACUGCAGAACAGUUUCUGCAGACUUUGGCCUCAGUAAGUGAAGUUGAAGCACGCCUCAAAUUAUGGGCAUUUAAACUCAACUUUGAGAAUGCUGAGCAAGAGAUUGCUGAGCCUUUGAUGGAUCUGAAACAGGGGAUGGAGGUACUUCAGGCCAGUACCACAUUCAAGAACAUAAUGGCCAUCCUCCUUUCCAUUGGGAACUUCUUGAAUGGAGCUGAAGCUCGAGGCUUUUUCAUAGACUACCUAACCAAGGUCCCUGAGGUCAAGGACACAGUGCACAAGCACACAUUGGUAUAUCAUGUAAGCCAAAUGAUGGUUGAGAUGUUCCCAGAUAGCAAAGACUUAUAUUCAGAGAUAGGUGCUCUCACUAGGGCAUCUAAGGUUGACUUUGAGGAACUUGCAGCUAAUCUUGAGCACAUUGAAGUAGACUGUAAGGCUUCUUGGGAGCAUCUCAAGGCCAUUACAAAGCAUGAUACUUCUCCACAAAUGAAGGCGAAGUUGUCUGAGUUCCUCUCUGACUGUGCAGAGCGCAUCAUGAUCUUGACUAUUGUUCACAGGCGAAUCAUGAAUCGAUAUAGAAAAUUCCUGCUGUGGCUUGGCAUUCCUCCUUCUCAGAUGCAUGAUAUUAAAACUGACAGAAUCUGUAGGAUCAUAAGUGAAUUUGCUCUUGAAUACCGGACAACAAGAGAACGAGUAUUACAGCAGAUUGAGAAGAAGCAGUUAUACAGACAACGUAACAAGACCAGGGGAAAGAUGAUCACAGAGGUAAAAGAGUACAGAAAGCCUGAGGAAAAGAAUCUCGACCAGCUGACCCAGCUUCUGUGUGACUCUUCUGAUACAGAGGGACGAUUAAGGGGACGAACCCCAGUCAAAUAUAAGCAGAGACGGAAUACUGAAGCACUGCCAAAGCAAAUAACCAAUGUCAAGGAUAGAGAACUGAUGACUACUCUGAUGAGUGGGAAAAAUACUAGUGAUCAAGUUGGAGCAACUCAACGUCGAAGGCCUCAAAGAGCAAGAAAUUCAGCCCCCGCUCGAUAUGAGCGUCGAAGUCUCAAGCAUGGACUCACUGAGAGUCAAAAGAAUUUCAUGUACUGCCUUCCACUCAUCACUGCCUUGUAUACAGAACUGUUAGUAUACUACCUCACUGCUCAUUCAUGGCCGCAGCUAACUCAAAGAGACUUCAAGAAUCCCAUACGUGUACUCCUUGUUGCCGAUCCUCAGAUUGUGGGUGAACUUUUUGAGCCAAGGAAACCAAUUGGGAACCUCUUCCGUUGGGAUGCUGAUAAAGAGGAAGUUGGUUUCCACAAUCAAACACCAUGGACCAAUUUCAUCAUUUACGUUGAUCAUUUUGCCCGCAAUGGAUACAUAUUUCAGAAAGAAAAGGGAACCAAACAUACAGAAGUAGAUCUUCUCAUUGGAGCACAUACUCAUCGCUCUCGAAUUCGGACAUGGCACAGAGGAACACCGUUCAGUGAAGAUGUUGUGGCAAAGCAGGAUGAAUAUGCAUUUGAUACAACUGAGAAGGGCGUGGAGAUCAUUGUUCCAACUUGUUCCUAUCGCAUGGGUGUGACAGAGAUGGGAUAUGGAUUCCUGGAAAUUUUUGAAGAUCGGAAGAUGCGUUAUGCUGUUUUGUGGCUGCCUCAACGCUUCUCCCACAUCUGGGGUCUCCUGUUCAUGACCUCAAUAUCUUUUCUCUUCACCCUGCUCCACUAUGUGAAGAUGUGUAUGGAGCGCCACAAGUCAUGGCACCAUUGCAAGUACCUGAUGCAGAAAGUUCAUACUCUCCAUAAUAUCUAGUCAUAACUCCUUGCUGAUACUGUAAUGGACUUCCUGUGAGACUUGUUCUGCACUAGUCAUAUGUUGCAUUUAUUUCCCAUCAUCUUUCAUUUUGCUCUCCCUCAUCCCCUGGCCCUGAACAUUGAGUCUUUUCAUCUUUAAAGAAUGGAGGUCUUCCAGCAACCUAGGCUAUGUGCUGCCUGCAUUUCCCAUGACUGAAUGUUAGACAUAAGUAUUUGGGGAUUGAUAAAAUCCCUGUAUAAUUAAUCGAUACAGGGAUUCAGAAACACUGCACAAAUCUUGAUACAUGUGCCUUUUAGAGAGCCUUUAUCUUUGUCUCCCCUGAUCCUUAAUCUCAGUCAACAUAACUGUGCAUUUGUUCUCUUUGAAGGAAAAUAAAAAAUGUUGAGC